AGCGUCAGUUUAUUUCAAACAAUUGAGAGUGAAGUUGAAUUUUCUGUCUCGCAGAAAACGCAUUUUUAACAUUCAUAAAAUAAUACAAAGUGUUCAAAUACAAUGUCUCUACUUCCAUUCUUGUAUGAUUAUGAAUUGGAGCGUCCAAGGCGCCUAUUGGAUCAGCAUUUCGGCUUGGGUUUGACGCCAGAUGAUAUCCUCAGCGUUGUGGCCGGUCCAGUCGCCAGCCGGGAAUACUACAGACCGUGGCGUCACUUGGCAGCCGCUGCUCGAGACCUAGGAUCCAGCAUCAAAAGCGACAAAGAAAAGUUCCAAAUAAAUUUAGAUGUCCACCAUUUCGCGCCGGAGGAAAUUAGCGUUAAAACCGCCGAUGGUUAUAUAGUGGUUGAAGGCAAACAUGAGGAGAAGAAAGAUCAGCACGGCUAUAUUUCUCGCCAGUUUACUCGAAGAUACGCGUUGCCGGAAGGGUGCGUGCCCGAGAAUGUGGAGUCGAAGCUGUCUUCAGAUGGUGUACUGUCUGUUGUAGCGCCUAGGAAGGCGCCACAGGCAGUCCAGAGUGAACGUCAAGUUCCAAUAAUGCAAACUGGGCCUGUGAGAAAGGAAGUGCCAGAUCAAGCAAAUGGUGAUAAAGCCCAAUAAAAGUAGUGUUAGUUUUUUCACGCUUGUUCAUUCCAUUAAAUUUUUGGUAAGACUGAUUUGGUUUAGAAUUAAUGAUUAUUUAAUAAAAUUUCUUUCAAUAAA